AGGUUGAUCGCAAUAAUUGAAACUAGGCGAGCUGGAAGUCUCAUGUUCUUCCUGGAAGACUAAUCAGUGCGUGGGGAUUCAGAGUCAGACCGGCGAGUCAACGGGAGAGACACGUACGUGUAUCACGCGAUUGCGGUGAUUGCGGAGUGCGGACACGCUAGAAAAGCGGGGAAGACAUUGACGCGCAGGCGUCGGUACUGCAGGCAUCGCGGUGGGAACUGCCGAGUGUCCAAAGCAGUGGCGGAUAAGUAUGCCUCUUGUGAACAACAUGGCUACCACACGGUUUCGCGUUGCAUUCGCCGCCACUCAGGAUGAAGACCCGGAAAUAUCAUUGAAAAACGGUAUUUCCACCCACCCGGCUAUUGGGAACGGGAAACUGAACGGUUACGCGAGUCUCGCGAACGAUGUUCAAGUUCGGAAAAGAAGAAUUGUUGACACAACGAGAAGCUACAAGUCAAAAGAAUCGUUCGAAAAAAUACCUUUCAUAACAUCAGCUCUUACCCACCUUGGAUUUUACUUUUUAAUGUUCUUAGGCUUUGUUAAUCAAUUAUUGUUCACGCCAAAAGUGGCUCAAGAACAAAACAGAAAGGGCUACGCUCCACUUUACGACCAAUUUGAGGUGUUCUAUCUUCGAUAUGUUUACCGGAGAAUCCGUGACUGCUGGAAUCGACCAAUUUCCUCAGUACCUGGUGCAGAAGUUACGCUAAAAGACCGAGUUACCCACGAUUACGGUUGGUCCUUUGAAUUCACAGGAACGGAGACCCGGUGUAUAAAUUUGGGCUCAUAUAACUACCUCGGAUUUGCAGAAUCAUCUGGGGCAUGCGCAGAGCAAAGCAUCGAGACGCUCAAGAAGUACGGCUGUGCCAGCUGCAGCACACGCCUGGAAUUAGGCAACUUGCCAAUUCACAAUGAACUGGAAAAAUUAACUGCCAAAUUUCUCGGGGUGGAAGAUGCAAUUGUAUUUGGAAUGGGAUUUGCAACGAACUCUCUUAACCUGCCAUCCCUAAUUACCAAGGGGUGUCUAGUUCUCAGCGACGAGAAAAACCACGCCUCUCUUAUCCUCGGACUUCGAUUAUCAGGUGCUGUUACAAAGGUCUUCAAACACAACAAUACAAAUCAUCUCGAAAGGUGUUUGCGAGAAGCAAUUGUACAUGGACAACCUGGUAGCGGAAAACCAUGGAAAAAGAUAUUCAUCGUUGUCGAGGGUAUUUAUUCUAUGGAAGGCUCCAUCGUUCACCUUCCUGAUAUUUUGAAACUGAAGAAAAAAUACAAGGCCUAUCUUUACCUUGACGAAGCACACAGCACUGGUGCUAUGGGGGCCCAUGGUAGAGGGGUUUGCGACUAUUAUGGAAUCGAUUCACGGCAGGUCGACAUACUUAUGGGAACUUUCACAAAGAGUUUUGGAUCUGCUGGCGGGUACAUAGCUGGAACUAAGGAACUUAUUGAUCAUUUACGAGUACACAGUCACGGGCACACCUACGCCUCGUCAAUGUCGCCGCCGGUGGCGCAACAAAUUAUCACUUCAAUGCGUAUCAUUGCUGGAGAGGACGGCACAGACGCGGGACAUAAUCGCACCAAACAGCUUGCCAGAAACACGAGAUAUUUCAGACGCAGGCUCAAUCAGAUCGGUGUUAUUACUUACGGUAACAUGGAUUCGCCUGUAGUGCCUAUGAUGGUUUAUCUCUACUCAAAAAUCGGAACCGUGGUGCGGACGCUGACAGCGCACGGAAUCGCGACAGUUGGCGUCGGUUUUCCAGCAACUCCGCUCAUGGCGGGCAGAAUACGUUUCUGCCUAUCAGCAGCGCAUACAAAGGAACAGUUAGACUACGUUUUAAAAAAUAUCGAAGAAAUUGCUGACACGCUUGGCCUUAAAUAUUCGAGGAAACCACGCGAUCCUAAUCCGAUAGAAUAUUACUCAGACAGUGAAACCGAAUGACCUGCCUCGUAGUCUCCACUGGUUACGACGUUCAAUUUGAGGGUGAAAUUUCUUGUGAUGGCUAACGGGGUGGGUGUUACCUUAUUCACUUAGACAGUACCCCAGGCCACUAACGGAAAAAGUCGGAUGCACAGUAAGAGUUAAAAAAAAUCACCCUCCUAAUUGUUUAUCUAUAUAUUUAUAUAAGUACCGGCUAAUACGCAGAGCGAAAA